AUGAUCAGAGAUUACACCAUCAGAAACUUUAACAUACAUGUCAAGACAGGCACGAUCCAGAAAAUUCAUCUUCCAGCAAAUUUCUCAUCCAUUGAUAUCGACACAGCUAAGUUUAGAUGCGGGAGUUUGAAGAGACACGGUGCGAGAAUCGGUGAGUUCCACUUUGGUCCCGGCUUGAGUGUGCAGCCAUGCGUCGAGAGAGUGAUUCUGGUAAGACAGAACUUGGGUUUCAACUGGUCUUCUUCUAUUUACUCAACCGGUUAUAACUUAACCGGUUUCAGUUACCAGCUUGCGACUCCGGUUCUCGGUUUAUUGGCUUACAAUUCUAAUCCGGACGGUGUUGCUGUGAACCCAUAUGAAGUAAACUUAUUGGGCACAGAGCAAAACCCUAUUCUGAUCGACUUCUUGAGCGUCAAGUCAAGUGGUAACCCUAGUAGUGUAAACUCCUCUCUUUUGUGUGCAUGCUUCACAAGUAACGGUAACAUAACGUUUAAAGAGCAAGUUUCAGCCUAUGUUUGUUUGGGAACAACACAAGGGCAUUACGCGCUAGUUGUGAGAGAUCAUGACAGGGCUGGUGGGGUGAUAACGCCACCGUCUUCUCCGACGGUAAAUGACGGAAGAGGUGGGAAACUGAGCCGGUGGAAAGUGGCGGUCGGGAGUGUGAUUGGGUCAGUGAUUGGAGCGUUACUGCUAGGGUUAUUAGUGGUGGCGAUGUUAGUAAAGGGGAAGAAGAAAGCGAUGAGAGAAGAGAUAGAGCAGAGAGCUUAUGAAGAAGAAGCACUUCAGGUUUCAAUGGUGGGUCAUGUUAGGGCUAAUCCCAAUAAUAGGUACAAGUAACAAGUAACAGCAUAACUUAAUAGUUAGAUGUUCUUUAAUUAAUGACCAUUUGUUUUCCAUUUUUAGUGUUAAUUGAGA